GCGAUGGUGGCUAUAAAAGCCUUCGCCUCUGAAGAUCACCCAAACAGUGUGGACUAGACAAUUCCAACAAGAUGUUCAAGUUUACGAUCUGCCUGAUCGCUGCCCUGCUCGUGGCAUUUGUCCACGCAGACCACAUUGACAAAAAUGCCGAAAUCCUCAGUCAGAAGAACGAUCCCGCCGAUGCCGAGGGCAACUACGCCUACUCCUUCGAUACGAGCAACGGCAUCCAAGUGCAGGAGGCUGGCAAUGCCAAUGGAGCCACUGGGAGCUUCUCCUGGACCUCACCGGAGGGCGAGAAUAUUGCACUGAACUAUGUGGCCGAUGAGAAUGGAUACCAGCCGUCAGGUGAAAGUCUGCCGGUUCCACCACCAAUUCCAGAGGCCAUCCUCCGUUCUCUGGAGUACAAUGCCGCUCAUCCAUCCAGCGAAUAGAUACAUAUGGAUUGAAUGCCCGUUUGCAGGCGGCCUAGUCAGUUGCUUAGUUUUAAGCACGUUGUACAUAAUUAAAUAGAAGAAAAUCCGUUGAAAAAUGCCACACAAUAAACCAACAGCAAAGCUGAUUG